AUGAGUGAGCCGGCAGCUUGCCCACAACCACAGUUUGUGGCUCACCCCACGCAGGUCAUCAAGGCACUGAGGGUGUCUGGUGUCAUCGAAAGCCAUGACGCUGACAGCGUGGACGCAAUCACGGAAUGGCUCCAACGUCUGCAGCUACAGCUGGGCGGCGCGUUCACCUGGGCCACCGAGGAGACCGAGGAUGGCUUCACGAUCAACGGUGAGCGCUUUCAAAUAGAAGGUCUUCUAGGAGAAGGCAGCUUUGGGUCUGUCUACAAAUGUCUUUGUGACGGUCAGUCUGUGGCCGUCAAAGUCCUCAGUACAGAGAGGAUUGCCAUGAUGACCAACUGCUCACAGCAAGUCGUUCUGAGGAGAAUGCUGCAGGAAGCUGAGAUUCUUGGUUGUCUCGGCGGCCAUCCCAACAUUGUCCAGCUACGGUCUGCUGCUGUUUCGCAGCAGACCCUGCGAAUUUACAUCUCUAUGCAGCUGCUUGAGUGCAACGAUCUUUUUUCCGAAAUGUUGCGACGUCGGCAGCAGCCUUUCUCGGAGCGGGACGCCCGAGAGGCGCUGACGCAGGUGAUCAUGGCGGUUGUACAUUGCCACCGUCGAGGGGUUGCACAUCGAGACAUCAAGCUUGAGAAUCUCAUGGUGGCCAGCCGCCAACCGUUAGUGGUGAAGCUCAUUGAUUUUGGCCAGGCAGUGAUGCACGACCAAUCUCACGAGAGGAUGCGGAGCGUCGCCAAGACAUUGACGACAACAUCGGUGUACACCCCACCAGAGGUGCAGAAGGCCACGCAGGACAACGAGGCCUACGAUCCAUUCAAGCUGGAUUCCUUUGCGGUGGGAGUGGUCUUGUAUGCUCUCCUGAUGAAUGCUCUCCCACAGACCAGCAAAGGUUGCUCCUACGAGAGGCACCCCAAGUGGAAGUUGUUGUCAACAAAUGCGCAAGACCUUAUCAAGCAGCUCAUGGAGCCUGAUCCGAACCGGCGCAUCUCCAUGUUAGACGCCUUGCAACAUCCCUGGCUCCUAGCUCGAGGCAGUUCCGGCAGUGCUGCGAGGAGCUCGAGAUCACAGACUCCCCUAGACAGAGACAGCGAGAUGCAAGUGCUGCUCUCAGCGCAAGAGCUGAACAAGGCCUUGCAGCGCGAGCGUGGCUCAAGCUGCUGGCUUCUGAGUGGAAACGAAGAAGCUGAGAAUGUUUGCCGUUGGUUCUGCAAAUCCACCGACGAAAGUUUCGUCAAACUGCAGGAACGCUUGGCCUACACCCAGCAAGAAGAGCACAGAGCAGACAUCAACAAGAGGCUGUGUCAAAUGGCGGACAUGACACAGCGCUUGCGACUUGAGUGUCGCAACCUCAGGUUUGUCCCAAAGGCGAACCGGGAAGACAAUUUCGACGUUGUGUUCAGUGGCUACAGCAAGCUGAAUGAAGAUGCCAUUGGCCUUAUUGGCCUGCUGAUGCAGGCCUUCAAAGGCCCAGAGCCGGUCAUGAUGAUCGAGCUGAAGUUGAGGAUGCUCCUUCACAUGGCGGAGCAGCUGGGCCGGGAACGAGGCUUCAUCUCCUUCCACAUAGGACAGGCUCUGCCACAGUGA